AUGGCCACACUAUCAUACAUAGACGAAGCCGACCACGGCGAGAGUGGCUACUUUGUACGACAUAGCAUCUCCGAUUUAGUUUCCUUAUUGCUGGAGCCCGAAAAUGCCAGCGAGGGUGUACGCAAAAUCGGCCGCCUCGUCAAGCUCCUUCUACUGUCUAACCAAAUUGACCAAGCCUAUGCACUCUUCUGUGCCUUGCAUGAGCAUCAGGAGGCCAUACUACCGCUGUCUUCCUUGAGCGACCAUGGGUUGGGGAUGGGAAGUCAGCCUUUUGCCCAUUGCUGGGAGGCCUACCCGACAUACCCCUUUCCCGGAAAGGCACCGGAGAAGCCCGAGGGUCCGGACGCCACGUCCGCUCGGAGAAAGAUACAGCAGUGGCACGAGUACCGCGAAUGCACCCGCACUGGCUGGAUGCUCGAACACUGCAACUUGCCCGAGCCAGCAGAUCCACGCAAAUGGCGGGAGACGGACGACGAACCCAUGAUUGCAAUGUGUGCGCGGCUGCUGGCGAAGGACAAGACGCUAGGCCAGUACCCUAGCGAGCAAAGGAUGCGGGAAGCUCUGGAUGCGGCGAAGAAGCUAUACGCACAUCCUCAAGUUCCAAUCACGGAGUGGAAGUUCAAAUGGGACGGAAACAAGACCGUGAGAAGACACUCUUUCCUGCUCUAUCGAAGGUUGGUGGUGGAGCUAGCCAUCAGACUUGGAGAGCUUGAGACUGCUGCCGAGGUUUUGUCCAUGGGACUCCGGCUCGACGGUUUCAACGAUGUUGAUGGGGGCCAGUUGGACCGGUAUCUGGUUCUGCCAGGAAUUUACGACGUCCUACCUCUCUUAGCCAAGAGAGGGAAAGAAGGCAAUCCAUUUUAUAUUGAGACAGAGGACGCCGAUGCCAUAGUCAAAGAGGUCAGAGCAGCCGUGGAGUUGCGUGCGCGAGAAGGGCGGCAAUGGUCACUUGCGCCGGAAAAGGUUGGUUGGAAAGAGCUGCUGGAUAGACUUGCCAAGGGGGCAUGGGCAGUGAACCGCACAGAGUAUGAAGAGCAAGGUCUCACUUGCGCCGAAGACAUUCUGCAUCCCCCGGCGACGGAGGAGGAAAUCGCAGAAGCCGAGGCCAAGGUUGGCGAACUGCCACCCGAUUUCAAGGAGAUGGUCCGAGUCGCGAAUGGCUUCCAUGGAGGCUGGCACUUCCUCAGCGGCGGCAUCAACGGUCUUGAGGACAUUGAUCUGGCCGAUGAUGACGUGGAGAACUACAUGUGGUCCCUGUCCCUUGACCUACCUGGGGAUGUUUAUUCCAAAGUCAUUGCCCUCUCACCCGCAACAGAAUGCGAUGGGUUCAUGCAUUUCAUGGUCUCGCCAGCGAAUUGGCGAAACCCGGUCAAUGGCAGGAACUUCAAGGAUGGAGAAUAUCCUUAUUGGCAGUGGGCCGCUUGGCAAUGUGCUGAUUCUGUCUGGCACAGCUUCCGCGACUGGGUUGCCGGUGAAGUCGAGCGCGCCGAGGCAAUGGUGAAAAAGGGGCGGACCAUGGAGGAUGAAUAG